CGACAGGUUGAAUCGGGCGAAGCAUUCGGCUAGUGUGUCCACUCAUUCGGCCGAAUAAAAUUCUGCGCCGAUUGGUUCGGCCGAACGAUUCGGCUAAUGUGUCCACUGCUUAAGAAAUAGAGAGGGGCCGAUACAAAAAACAAAAGUCCUGCUGAUCAGCCACCCGACCACCCGAUCAGCUUUCCUGUAGCAAGUAUGAAGAAAUACAGAUAAUUGUAUUGAGUAGUGUUUGACCUAAGAUGACAGACUCAGAAAUCGAUGAUGUACAAGUUAAAAUGUCGCCAAGUGAAAGUAGUGAAAAAUCAUGUGAUCUGCGAGGUGAGGAAAAAGUAAAAGAUAAUAGGACUUCUGAAGUUAGAAAUUUAGACAUUGACCAAUCAAAUAAUUGCCAGUCACAUGACAUGAAACAUGACCAAUCAAAUGAUUUAAAAAAUGACCAAUCAAAUGACAUUACAAAAAGCGAAUUAAAGGAAUUAGAAAGUGACCAGUCAAAAGACUUAGAAAUUGACCAAUUAAUUGAUUCAGAAAAGACCCAAUCAAAUGACAUAGAAGAUGACCAAUCAAAAGAUAGCAAAAAUGACCAAUCAAAGGAUAAUGAAAAUGACCAAUCAAAGUAUAAGGUCAGAGAAAAUGACCAAUCAAGUGCUCAAUUAAAUACCUCAUCAGAAAGUGCUGUUAAUGAAAACAUUACGAAUAGUGCUGAACUAAGUGCAGUGGCGGUGGCAGACGGUAAUGUUGGUCAUGCUGAAAGAAAAGAAGAAAAUGUUCUGGAAGCAGAUUUGGGAGUUUAUUUAGAUAUGGAUGAUGAUUCAAGUGUUACAAGUUAUGAAAAAUCAUCUAAGCAGACAGAAAAACAAGAUGAUGGCGAUUCAAAAUCUCGAUCUACAGUGAAAAAAGAAGAAAAAGAAGUUGGCAUUCAAAGUAGAUCCGAGUCAAGGAUACAUUUUAAAGAUCCAGAUAAACCUGGAGGAAAUGAUGUAGAUGAAAUUGAGAGUAUGAGUGGAGUACACAGAAAGGUCAACACACCAGUUAGUCAUAUAAACAAUGAUGUCAAUCUGCUUGAACCAAGAAAUGUUGAAUCAAGGGAGGCUACUUUUAAACAAGCGAUGAAUUUAAUGUCGACACGAUGUUCUAGCGAACAGAAAGACAUUCCAUAUGGCCCCUACCUGCCAGAAUAUUUCUAUAUUCAUCAAAAACGCCCAUGUCCCAUGCCACCCUUAAAGGCAUGGCGUGGUUACCAUGGAAAUGUUUAUUUUGAGCCAAUCACAAUCAACAGUUUACAACAAAAUCAAUCAACCAACGUACCUCUGGACAGAUGUAACCAUAGAAACCAUCAGAUGUUACUGGCACGUAGUCGCAUGUCCUCACAAAACAAUGUUCAGUCCAGACAAUUUGUUCACAGUCGUCCAGUAACACAACAAUUGGUUGUUCUGGAUAGAAAUGUCGUUUUGAACAAGUUUAAUGAAAACAGUACUCAAGAUCUAGUGUGGCUGGAAGGUCAAGACUCAACAGGCAGUUUGGCCAUUAGACCACAGUCAUUUGGUAGCCGACGUCGACCAGCUUCAUCAAGACAUGAUCGAAUCUGUAAAGGUUCAGUUUCACGUAAAAUGAAUGAAGCAGCGAAGAGAAAGAAUCAGCCUGAGAUGAGAAUCAUGGGAGAUAAAUUUGUACACCCGAGCGCCAUGUCCCCGUUAUUACGCUCCACCACUCAAUAUUCGUUGAGUAACCAGAGAAACGUCAUGAGCAGUCCUGAUCUUUAUCACGGUCACCAUGGCUACCAUGACCUCCUACCUCCUGUCGAACAGAUGAGAGUUAGUCUCCGCCAUAUCGAUAAUUCCAGGGAUAAUUACAGUCACAUGUCCCCCUACACUCGUUCAACUCCCUACACGGAAGAUCUAAAACCCUUCAUUAAAUACAGUCCUGAAAUAAAGGCCAAGUUUGGUCGACGCUUGACUACCAUGUGAAAGUGUGAUAACAGGAAUUACUUGUGGGUAUGAAUGAAACAUGAAUCACAGAUGAAAACUAUUAUUUCUGUAAAAUUCUUGCCCCCCCCCCCACUCAAAAAUAUAUUUUCAAGAACUUUACCAGAUCUGUUAAUAACUGAGUUAUGAGACAGAAGUCUUUUAAUAAAAAAGACUUGCUUGCACAUAGCAUCCAUUUUAAACAUCAUUAAUUUAGGAAGCCCCAUGGGACAGACUUAAAAUUAAACUGUUUUCAUCUAUGUACAGCACCAGGGAAUAACCUCCUUUUCUAUUUGUGAAAGAUAGAUAAUUGACAAAAUCAUUCAAAUGUAUACAGCACUGUCAACGCUGUAGUGAGUACCAUUUAAGUCAGGAAUAAGACUGAGGUUUACUGUCACUUCAACACAAUACUUCGGUUAUUUUGAAACACACACUGAGGGAGGAAAAUCUUUAUCCCAGACAUCAUUGUUUUGGCCUUUCCUUCUUGGAUUUUCAACUGUUACAGAAUGUCCUUCAGAAUGACUGGGCAGUCUCCUUGUCAGUCCUUCAGGGGCCUGCACCACCCUAGAAAAUUAGUGACACCCCUGAUAAGCAGGCCAGAAGGUUCUUUUCAGCCUACACGUGACCCUCUACUACAUACAUCUAUUGUUUGGACAAUGUAUUUAUACUAAUAUUUAUAACUGUCGUUUGUCUGUCUGUUCAAAGUUGGCGGCUUCACUAGGACUGUCCCGAGGCUGAAAUUUGGUGAAUAGGGAUAGCUUGGACCAGUGAGUAACAUAGGCCUGGUGGCGUUAGACUACCGUUUCUGGUUUUCAGAGUUAUUCUGCUUUCAGUUCCGGGUACAACCUGUGCAGUGCGGAGUCAUCCACUAGUUUUGAAUAAAAUAAACUGUUUUAUUGUGUGAUUGAAAAUGGGCAAAAUAUUUGAAAUUGAUACACCAGCAAUAUGCUUUGCCAGUCUGAGCCCGACUUAUAUUAAUUGUAGAAGGCACAAUGUUAAGAGUGUUCAGUCAGUGUGUUUCAACAGUCAACUGAUGAAUUUCGACAGUCAACUAACUGUAGUUAAUAGUGAAUAAACACAAUACAAUUAUUAUUUCGUUUGGUGUUACAUGAUAUAAAAAACAGUAACGAAACUAUUCCUCACUUUUACUUUGCCUGGAGAAAAUUAAAGAUACAGAACGAAUAGUUAUGAACCCUGUAUUAUUGGUUAUUUGUUAGGGUUAUUUGUCAACUUGUCAUUGCUGGGUUAUAUUAAUUGUAAGCAUAGAUAAUGUUGAUAAAAAUUUCAUUUAUUUGUAAUUCUGUGUUUUAACUCCAUACGGGGGGUUGGAUGGCUGAAUGGUUAGCGUGCACGCGCUGUAUCAUAAAGUCUAUCAUUGAGUCGACUGGUGUGGUUUCGAAUCCCCGGUUGUACGUGACAAGGACUAGGGUCGCUGUCCAACCUCGUAGGUUUUAUGAAAUAAAAUUUAACCAUAUGCUAGUCUCGAAAUGACCUAGUUUGUGUCAAGUGGACGUUAAACCCCAUUUCUCUCUCUCUCUCUUUAACUCCAUACAUUAACAUAGGUUUUAGAAAGCAGAUAUAAAUUCGAUGUGUUUUUGUAUUUAAUAUUGGAUGAGCUAUGGACAGAUUUUGACAAUUUUUAAAGAAAAUAAUUAUCUAAUUUUGAAAAAUAUAUUUUUUAUACUUUUUAUAAUGUUAAUUAUAAAUUUGCCUUUAUGGAUGCACAAUUGUAUAAUUAUUAAACUAUUUUUAUAUAUUGUAACUGGUACCUGUAUAUUUUAUAUAUUGUUACUGGUACAUGUAUAAUUUAUAUAUUGUUACUGGUAUAUGUACAAUUUUAUAUAUUGUUACUGGUACAUGUAUAUUUUAUAUAUUGUUACUGGCAUGUAUAUAAGUAUAUUUUAUAUAUUGUUACUGGUAUAUGUAUAAUUUUAUAUAUAUAUUGUUACUGGUACAUUUAUAUAUUGUUACUGAUACAUGGAUAUUUUCAUGUAUUGUUGCUUAUACUUAUAGGAGAAUUUAUAUACCUAAUCUUAAUAAAUCAGUUAUUUUGUCAUUUUGAAUUUAUAAGGGUAUAACAUUAUGGUUAUGAAAUUAACCAGCAUCCAGAAUUGUUACAAAAGCAAAAUCUAU